UUCAAAUUCUAUCAAUAUUUACAUGUUUUAUUUCUAUCUUACCACUUUUUAAAUGAUAUAAACUUGAUUAAUUUAGAAAAUGUAAAAAUGUUUCCAGAUACUUUUGUAUUCCCACAUUAGGUUUCUCAAACUAAGUUAGUUUUUGUGCAGGCAUAUAAUUGUCAUAGAAAAUGAAAAAAAACCUUGGAAAGAAUUUGUUCAUGUCUAUUAUAGAAUUUUCAUGUCUUUUUUUUCUGAGCUAGAGUUGAUAUCCAAUUGGGACAAAGUGGAAAUUCUGAUAGUAAUUAAAAUUAAAGUUUAAAGUCAAUCUAGUUUAAAUGUUUGGAGGAAACCCUAAAUAAUUUGAUGGGAAUGUAACAUUGAUACAUAUAUAAAAUAUAAUUCAUGUAUUUUUUUCCUUCUGAGCAAUGAUUUGCAAGAAAAUAAUGAAUUCCUGCAGUGACCUCAUAUCAUUGCACAGAUGUUGCCUGAAAUCACUUCUUUGUCAUCAGUCUACUCCUGCUUGGUGGCAUGUUAUGCCGCAAAAUUAUUGUACUGUGCGGGAAAUAAACAUUAAAACUGAGACAUAUCAAAACACCAGACACAAGCAGCAAUCCUCUUUCAACGAUGAAGAAGUGCGGAAGUUUGGUGCUCUCUCAGACCAUUGGUGGGCAAGGGAUGGUCCGUACAAACCUCUGCACUCACUCAACCGUCUGAGGGUUCCUCUUGUGAGGGACGGUCUUAUAAGCACCGGGGCGACGGUGUCAAAGGAUGGCAGGCAACCGCUAGAAGGAGUCACCAUCCUGGAUGUGGGAUGCGGAGGAGGCAUCUUAUCUGAGCCCCUGGCUAGGUUAGGCGCAUCUGUUACUGGGCUGGAUGCAUCUCAUAAGAGCAUCGAGGCAGCGCAGCAACACUCUUCCCUGGACGCUGACCUGCAGGGGCGUCUGCAGUACAAGUGCUGCGACCUGGACACCUUCAGCCAGCGCCUGGACCAGCAGUACGACGCUGUGGUCGCCUCGGAAGUCCUAGAACAUGUGGACUCAAUUGAAGCUUUUAUUGAGUCGUGCAAUGCGUGCCUUAAGCCUUCAGGGUCGCUCUUCCUGACGACCAUCAAUAGAACCCCUUUGUCUUUCCUGGGCGCCAUCGUGGCAGCAGAAUAUCUGCUGAGAAUUGUACCUGUGGGCACCCACACGUGGGACAAGUUUGUGCCAAUUGAGGCUCUUAAAAAAUUGCUCGAAGAAAGAGGCCUGCAGACGCGGCUGCAGCACGGCAUGCUGUACGCGCCUGUGCUGGACCGCUGGUGCUGGGUCGCCGAUACCUCCGUCAACUACGCGCUGCACGCCGUCAACAUCGCCGACACCUCCGUCAACUACGCGCUGCACGCCGUCAACUACGCGCCAGAGUCUCCAAUGUCGCCCGAGUCUCCCACGUCGUCCUUGUCUUAGCUCCACGUGCGAGCGAGCGCGUCACACUUUCUCAGAUGUUAUAAUUUAUAUAGCUGAAUAAAACUAGCUGAAUUGUCUUAGAGCUAUAGAAUUGUUAAGUAGAUUCAUACGGUAAAAACUUAUAUUGCAAAUCCUCCGCUGCGAAAUGUCAUAUAUGAUAGAAAUUAAACUCUGGCAGAUCCACCUUAUGACUCGUGAUGAAUCCUCUUUGCUGACUUGCAUGUCAAGUUUUGUCAAGUAAGCCCAACGCAGCUAAUAGCGCUUGAAUAACCUCAGGCCUUUUACUUCAUUAUAUUUCAAGAUAACGUUAACCGUUAGCUGCGUUAGCUUCUAGGAUUUAAAUUCCAAAAUACUAAAAUAUUGCAUUUAGAAUAUCGAGCUAUUGAACACCUCCCAGCAUGCCUUUACGAUAGAGCUUGCGCCACGAAAAUAAUUAAUCAGUAAUUUAAAUUUGAUAUUCAAGUUUGUUCAUUUACAUUGUUUAUGGAAGAGCUAAUAAAUGGAUGUAAUUAAAACGAA